UCUUCCUCUCAUCCCUCUUCAUCUCUUCCCUUUCAUUCUCUUUGUCGACCUAUAGCCGUUUCUUCCCUGAAUUACCUGCCUGUCCAUGGAUGCCACUUCACACUGCCAAAUGAAUACCCUUCAGCCCCUUUCCUGGCAUCUUCGCCCGCGGAGAAUUCGGAACGAUUCGCCGAAGCAAAAGGCGCAGCAACUGGCAACCCAACCAGGGCUUCUCCACUCCGCAGGGUUCUGGUGAAAUGGCUUCAACGCUAGACAGCCGAUGCCCCAUGAGCUUGGCCUUUUUAGUCUUAGAUGGUCAGACGCUUAGACGCAGGGGUAAAUCGCGCAGAUGAAUAUAAGUAACCCCUGAAUGGGCCCCGCGGGUCUGAUCUCUUAUUCCCCCCGAUCAGCAUCGUGAUAUACAUCAUGGCCGCUUUGAACACCCCUCAGCCGGCUGGAAAUGUCCAGAAAAAGCCAGAAAAGGAGAGCCCGAUCCUGGUACCACUACGGUAUCGGUCCAAGUCACUGUAUCUUCUUGCCUUCUAUGUCGCCAUCCUGCUGAUUCCCUGGGUGAUGACUUGUGUCAUGAUGGUGCGCCCCCUCGACGCCGCUUCCUAUACACGCCAGGGCCUUGGCCAGUCCGCAUCAGUGAUUCUGAAUAUUCUGGCCAGUCUGGACGUUAUCCUGGUUCUCGAGAAGGUUCAGGCCGUCCUCGCGAUUCCUAUUGUCUCUGGCUUCCUGGCCCAGGCCGCUGUGGUCUACGCACAGCGGCGCUCGCCUGAUCAGAAGUUAUCUCUGCAGCAGCUGGUCGCCCUGGCCGACCGUCCCUGGGCUAACGUGAUAUCAUGGUUUCGGUGCCUCUCCUCCAAGAAUGGCACUGGGUCCCGACUUGCCGUUCUUGGGGGUCUGUUCGUUCUGUUGGUGGCGGCUACCCCUGCCAUUCAAUCGCUUUUGGUCAAGUUCGAGGACAUUACCAUCGCCACUUGUUGGGAGAUGCCUGUCUGGUCCUGCAACGCGGCAAACAUUGCCACGGUUGUGGCCCUUGACCCAGAACCAGCCGCUCUAGAAUAUAUGCCCCAGAGCCUUGCUGUUCAGCAAGUGGCCAAGAAGACGCAAUUGGUAAGCGAGAUGGAUAUACAGCCCUACCUGUGGUCCGAGAAUUGGACAUCCAUGAGUGAUGCAGUGGAUAUCCAGAGGGGAACAUUCUUCUGGUACGAUGAGGUCUUUCCUUCGGAGAAGUACUUUGUGUCAGCGCUGCAGAAUGGGACCAAUACGGGUGUCUUGCGUGAACAUGCCAUUCGAUUGAAUUCAACCUCUGCCUGCGUGGCUGUACCAGCAUCGGACUUCCCCCAAACAUGCCCCGGUGACAGACCUUUCGUGACCAACCUGACCGCUCCCGGCCUUCUUGACAUCCGGAUCUGCGUGCCCGGGAUGUAUGGACAAACCCCUUGGACCCGGAGUCGGGACCGGCAAGAUAUUUCGGAGGAACUAUGGAUCGAUGUGGUUCCACAACUCUGGGAAUACGAAGUCUACCAAUCCAACUUCACCUUGCGGUGUACCACCAAUUCCACCCGGGGGUAUUUCGAGAUCAGCAAUUACCGGAAUGGUAAUCACCCAGGACCACUCCUGGAGAAGUGGCCGAGCCAAGAAGUGCUAGCGAAAGAUUUCAAUGACUACUUGGGGAUAGAUGGAGAUUUUGCCAUUCCGUCCGUUGUUGAUAAUGAUACCGACUCGAACCUGUUCGUUCUGGGGCCUGCACCAGUUGAUCCGUUCAAUACUGUGGAGCUCUAUGCUGCUGGUCCGCUGAUGACCAGUGCGCUGGCCCUGUUCGGCAACCAGAGCUUUUUCGGCGCAGCUAGCAACGCCAGCAACAGUAGCUCCGCACGAUCUGCACUAUCUGAUAUCUGCCGGUUUGAUGCAUUUCCGUUCAACCGACUGGAAUCGGCUGGAUUCAAUAUGGCCGCAGCGUACUGUGAUGAGCUCUUGUGGACGCUAGAGUAUCACGACAACGACUUCUUGUACCAACAACUUCUGUUUACUGUGUAUACUUGGAUCGCCUCCUUCAAUGUGACUGAGACGGCCGCUACCGCGCUAAAUAUGGCAACCUACUUUGCCAACGAGGCUGUUCUGACCAACACGGCAGCACAAGGCUACGCGCACAACUCUCGAGAGAUCUACUUUGACAGCGGCUCCGUGAUUAUCAAGCCGAAAUGGAGUCUCGCAGCGGUGAUUACCAUUUCCAUUCUCAUUGGCCUUCAAAUUCUAGGUCUCUGUCUGAUCAUGGUGUACUGCCACUCGGUCCCCACCUGGACGGGCAGCUUUGAUGCUUUUGCUAUGCUCCGUGUGGGCGCGGAACUGCAGCGGUCCCAGCAUGUUCGCUUCGCCGGCAUCAGAGAUACGGAUAAGCAGGACCUGGCGGUUCUGGCCAGUAUUGAUGGACUUGUGGGAGUCGUGGACAGUCGCCAGCCAAUGUCAGAGGGGCAGGAGGCCAAGGAGAACUCGCCCCUGGUUCGUCAGUUGGCUGGGGAGUCCACUACCACGGUGCAUGACUUGAACGAAUCUCAGACAGUUUAUUCCGGGGUUUCCAUCGGACUUGACCAGGACGGUGAGAAUAGGGAUGAAAGAGGAAAGCGAGAAGGGCUAGAGCCACCGUUCCGUCUUGCGGUGGGUGCACCAGGCUUGAUUACGAAGGACAUGGGCCCUAGGAAAACAAGGAGACGGGACAAGAACGAUACGACCGAGCAUGAAGUGUGACGGCACCGUUGCAAAUACCUACAAUAUUGUUCUAGUCGUAGUUAUAAUUGAAGUCGACAUAAUCACGA